GAGAAGAGCUACAGAUUCUCCAUCCUCAGUCUCUGGGAGGCGACGGCUGUGCCAGCCGGGCUCUGGCAGGCUCCUGGCAGCAUGGCAGCGAAGCUCGGGGCCCUCCUGCUGGCCCUCGCGCUGGGCCUGGCCCAGCCAGCCUCUGCCCGCCGGAAGCUCCUGGUGUUCCUGCUGGACGGCUUUCGCUCAGACUACAUCAGUGAUGAGGCCCUGGAGUCGCUGCCUGGUUUCAAAGAGAUUGUGAGCAGGGGAGUGAAAGUGGAUUACUUGACCCCAGACUUCCCUAGUCUCUCGUAUCCCAAUUACUAUACCCUAAUGACUGGCCGCCAUUGUGAGGUCCACCAGAUGGUCGGGAACUACAUGUGGGACCCCAACACCAACAUGUCCUUUGACAUCGGCGUCAACACAGAGAGCCUAAUGCCUCUCUGGUGGAAUGGAUCAGAGCCUCUGUGGGUCACUCUGACCAAGGCCAAGAGGAAGGUCUACAUGUAUUACUGGCCAGGCUGUGAGGUUGAGAUUCUUGGUGUCAGACCUACUUACUGCCUAGAAUAUAAAAAUGUCCCAACGGAUAUCAAUUUUGCCAAUGCAGUCAGCGAUGCUCUUGACUCAUUCAAGAGUGGCCGCGCUGACCUGGCAGCCAUAUACCACGAGCGCAUCGACGUGGAAGGCCACCACUAUGGCCCUUCGUCUCCGCAGAGGAAGGACGCCCUCAAGGCCGUGGACACCGUCCUGAAGUACAUGACCAAGUGGAUCCAGGAGCGGGGCCUGCAGGACAACCUGAAUGUCAUCAUUUUCUCAGAUCAUGGGAUGACCGACAUCUUCUGGAUGGACAAAGUGAUUGAGCUGAACAAGUACAUCAGCCUGAGUGACCUGCAGCAAGUGAAGGACCGCGGGCCUGUCGUGAGCCUCUGGCCAGCCCCCGGGAGACACUCGGAGGUAUAUAAUAAACUGAGCACCGUGGAACACAUGACAGUCUACGAGAAAGAAGCCAUUCCAAGCAGGUUCUAUUACAAGAAGGGGAAAUUCGUCUCUCCUUUGACAUUAGUGGCCGAUGAAGGGUGGUUCAUAACUGAGAAUCGAGGGAUGCUUCCGUUUUGGAUGAACAGCACCGGCAAGAGGGAAGGCUGGCAGCGUGGGUGGCACGGAUACGACAACGAGCUGAUGGACAUGCGGGGCAUCUUCCUGGCCUUUGGACCUGAUUUCAAAUCCAACUUCAGAGCCGCGCCAAUCAGAUCGGUGGAUGUCUACAAUGUCAUGUGCCACGUGGCGGGCGUUGCCCCUCUGCCCAACAACGGGUCCUGGUCCCGGGUGGUGUGCAUGCUGAAGGGCCAGGCCAGCGCCACCCCGCCUGUCCCUCCGAGCAGCUACGCCCUGGUCCUGAUUCUGCUCCUGCUGUUUGCAUAACUGAUCGUGUUACUUGUCCCAAAACACCGUCAGCAAAGUGUGCCUCCAAAGUGGAAUGAUUUUCAUUUUCUGUGUGAAUAAUAGCUUCAUUAACACAAUCAAGGCCAUAAAAAUUGUAAAUAUAUUAUUCUUGGAUGACUCUAUACAUAAAAGUACCUACUUCUUUAAAAGAAAAAGAAAACGUUGUUUUCCCUGAAGGCAGGAAAAAUCCUAGCCUUUCAUUUGUUCAGCCAUAUGUAAUUUUCUCCUUUCUUUUCAUAUAGUUCAUACAGGAUGAACUGUCUGAGCAGGCACCUGCUCCCGCAGCAGCCAAACUCUGAGUGGAUACUGCCUGGUCAUCCUGGGGCCCUCUUUGUCCUACCUUGUACAAAGUGGCCUUUGGACCAGGUCCUUAACUGUUCCCUGUCCACAUCCAGGAGCCAUCCUCAGGGUCUGUGGCCACAAUCCCGGACUGCUUCUUCCAUCCCAGAAAAGAAGAGCAUGAGAGCAAAAGCUGCCAUCUGUUUCUCACCCAGAUUGCAGAAUUUUUUCAUCUUUAUACGAAGUCCCAGAAAGACAUAUCUUAGCAUGGACCACCAAUCAA